GGGUGUGUAGAGAUUGUCCAUUUUGGUUUGCCGUAGUUAAAACGUCACGGGUCAAAGUUUCCCAAACAGAAACAGCAUGGAGGAGAGAGAGGAGACGAGCGUUUCUGGCAUCUUAAAAACGUCUAAAAAGGGUGCAAAAAAGUCUAAAGCUUUGAGCGCUGAGGAGGAAGCAAGAAGGAGGGAGGCAGUGAAAGAAGCCCUGCUUGAGAAGGUUGAACUUGAAAAAAGAGCCCUGCAGAUUGUAGAGCGCCUCUUGGAAGACAGUGUGACUGAAGACUUUCUUAUAGAUUGUGCAUGGUUCAUUACUCCUGCCAAUUACAAAGAUACAAUAGAGGAGAGGUCCAUUGCCAAACUGUGUGGCUAUCCCAUUUGUCCAAAUAAACUUGGAAAGAUCCCCACGCAACAGUACAAAAUCUGCACUAGGACCUGUAAGGUGUAUGACAUCACAGAACGCAAAUUUUAUUGCAGUAAUUUCUGCUAUAAAGCAUCUAAGCAGUUCGAGGUGCAAAUAUCAAAGACGCCCCUUUGGCUGCGGAAACAUGAGAGCCCAUCGAAAAUAACUUUACUGAAGAAAGGAGACAAUGGGAGCUCCGGUGAAGAAGUCAAGCUUUCCGAGAGACAUCUGCAAGAAGAGGACAUUGAGAACCCCCUUCCCACCCAAAUAGACCCUCACAAAUCCAGUUUACAACCUGAAGAAUUAAACCACAGCUAUGAUAGUGAACACGAGCAGGACUUUGUCUCAAGUGUGGUCUUCAAGAAAACUGGUCCCAAAGUGCACUGGGGUGAUCUACCAAAAUGUAAUGACAGAAAUACACAAAGUGCAGUGGCCUGUGAUGAGAAACUGAAAGAAAAUGAUAAACAAGAAGUAAAUGGCAAUACGGUGUCACUGGACGAAGCUACAACACGGUUACAUUUGUGUAGCUUGUCUGAGAAUAAUGCAGAAUCAAACAUCAAUUCUAAGACGGAAAAUUCUAAUUUUGACAGAAAGCAAGAAGAACUCCCACCUGAUGAAAUAGAGAAUACAAGUUUAAUUAUAACUCAAGUUGGAAUGAGUAAGAAAGGAGCAGAGGGGUUAAGAAAUUUACUUAAACAACACAAAUCAAAACCUGAUUCAAUUCAACAAAACCUUUUGGAAUACUUAAAGAAAACACUUAAUGAAUGGGGCACGGAUGAGACACUGGUGUUUCUGUACGGAUCUGAGCGUUCAGCGGGAAUGUCAUUCAGCGAGGUUAUGGAGGGAGAGAAGGAGGAAGAGGUGCUGGAUGAGGAUGAUAUUGAUGAUGAAGAGGAGGUAAACAGAGGAGGAGUAACCAAGGUGACACCAGACUAUGAGCCACUGAAGAGGGAGAUGGAGCUGAUGAAGUUGAAAGUAAAGGAGUUUUAUAAAGGCUCCUGGGAGAUUGAAGAAGACAAGCAGGGAAACCUGGAGUCCACUGAGCCUGCUAAAGAGCCCAUACUCCCCCUGGUGGACUCUAAAGCGCAGCACAUCCUCCAGAAGAAAAUCACUGUGGACAAACUCAGAGCCAGCCUCAAGAACAUUGUUGGUCCUCUUGGUCUCACUAUGAGCGACAUCUCUACUGACCUCAACAACCUCGUGCGGACGUUCAGGUUUACCAACACAAACAUCAUCCACAAGAGCCCGGAGUGGUGUCUCAUCGCCGUGGUGCUGCUCUAUCUGUUGUCUGAAGUGUCCCCAGUGAUCCGUGGGGCUUUGGAGCAGCCGUCCUCGGUGCAGUACCUGAGCACUCUGAUGGAGGAGCUGGGGCUCAGGGAGGAAGACCUGCUCAGCGUAGUUCUCCUAUUUAAACCUCACAUACAGUUAGGCCAUGGAUCACAGUCUUAAGUCUGCUGUUCAACACUGCACUAAACAAUAUAAGAACAGAUUUUGGUUACAAUUAAAAAAAAAGGAUUCUUUU